AUGACAUCGCCCACGCAACAAAUACCAAAAACUGCACGAAUAGGGAUAAUUGGGGCUGGACCCGCAGGAAUUUCAGCUGCCUACUACUUAAAAAAAGAAGGUUACCAACACAUAACAAUACUUGACUCCUCGUCAAGAAUCGCAGGAAAAAGCGGCUACUAUACAGUAGACUCGCGAAAGUAUGACAUUGGUGCACUAAUGGUCGGUAACAACUACACACACAUCAAAGAACUUGCUCAAGAAUACCAAUGUCCGUUAGAAAAAUUCCAAGGUCGAGCUUUAGACAUCGACACACGAAAAAUAAUUCACGAUGAUACUGACAAGAUUGGAAUUUAUCACGCAUUAAUACCUCACAUGAAUCAUUACCUCGGGGAGAAAUCGGUGUUUGAGAUGGCCUCACGACCUGGCCAUGGGGAGUUUAGCGAACGGGAAUUGUAUGCUCCGAUCUCGCAAUAUCUUAAAGAUCGAAAAAUGGAAUAUUUGAGGGACGCAUGGGGUUUGGCGUACACUUCUGCUGGUUACGGAUAUUUGAGCGAUGAUAUACCGGCUGCGUAUUUUUGCAAGUUUAUUGAGAAUUCAGAGAAUACUAUUCGGUAUUUUCCUAAUGGAUUCUCGGAAUUAUGGGAAAAAAUGAUGAAGACAAUAGAAAUCUUUCCAAAAAAACAAUUGUUUACAUUUAUGCAAUUACCAAAAAAAGAUCAUCAUGUGCAACUGAACACAAAAAUUACAUCAAUAGAUCGCUCUCUGCGCAGAAAUAAUCCAAACCAUCCUAUUCUCGUAACCACCGAAAACACCGAAACCAAUUUCACUCAAACUCUUGCCCUUGACCAUGUCAUUAUUGCCACUAAUCCACGACAAACUGAAAAAUUUCUCGAUGUUAACCCGUUUGAAAAAUCCUUGCUCCAAGAAGUGGUGACUUUUGACUUUUAUACCAUUAUUGCCACGGUUGAAGGGCUGUCGACUAAAGUUGGCAUGACUACCAUACCGAAAUAUUGCGCUGAUAAAGAGUUUGUCGGUCAUAUUACCGCAUUUUACUGCUCAUAUGAAGGAGUACCAACCUAUUUGUUUUAUGCUUACGGGAAUAAAGAGUUGAACCAGGAAAAGGUGACUGAGAUAUUUAAGGAAGAUUUGUUGAAAAUGGGAGGUGAAUUAAAGGAGAUUCAUUAUAAUCAAAAAUGGGAUUUCUUCCCUCAUGUUUCGUCGCUUAGUAUGGCACGAGGGUUUUAUAGUAAGGUUGAAAACAUUCAAGGUCAAGACGGCACAUUCUACGUGGGAGGCUGGCUAGAUUUUGAAUUGACCGAAAAUUGUGUCUCUUACAGUAAAGAUUUCGUUAAACGUUUCUUUACUCUCGAAGGCUCGCAAGCUUCUAAAGAAAUUCAACAUUUACCGAUCUCCGCGCCUAUAGAGAUAAAACCUGCUGCCACCACUAAUUGGGGUACAAUUCUACGUUUAGCCGCAAAACGAUUUCCGAAUAAAGAAGCAUUCACCUUUGUAGACUCCAACAUGAAGGUAGAAAUGAUCGUAACGUAUCACGAACUUUAUCGCCAAGCUCGUGCUGUGGCUUAUUAUCUGACUGAAGUCGCUCACCACAAAGCUGGCGAUCGGAUUAUAUUAUGCUAUGCACCGGGUCUAAGAUUCUUGCCAAUCCUUUUUGGGUGCAUGAUGGUUGGGGUAAUCGCAGUACCAAUCGCACCACCGAACCUCGCGUCCGCGGAAAAAGAUAUCGGGCGAUUCACAUAUCUAGCCAAAACAACCGGUGCAAAAUUAGUAUUCAGCGAUAAAAAUUAUAUGCUCUACACGAAACUAUACGCGGCAAAAAGUUUUCUCGGUCUAGGCGACAAAAUCAAGUGGCCGGAGGGUUUAACUUGGGUCGAAAGUGAUAGCGUGAUCUCGUCAAAACAAUUAUUAGAGGAGCGUCUAAUUGAGGAAUUGAGCUGUGAAAGCGUUGCAGUUCUUCAAUUUUCUUCUGGUAGUACUGGUGAUCCUAAAGGUGUUAUGUUGACACACAAGAAUUUAUUGCAUAAUGUUGAUUUGAUGCAAGCUGAGAUCGGAUUGAAUUCGGAUUCAACAAUCGCUUUUUGGGUUCCGCAAUUUCAUGAUUUAGGCUUGAUUGGAGGUUUCUUGAAUACUAUUCGUGGAGGUUGCAAAUCAGUAGUAAUGUCACCACUUACCUUUUUACAAAAACCGGAGAGUUGGUUACAAAUGAUUAGUAAUUAUCAAGCGACGUUUACAGCUGCACCUAAUUUCGCGUAUGAACUUGCGGUCAGAAAAACAAAUUUGGAUAAAGUAAAUAUCAAUUUAAGUUCUCUUCGAGGCGCUUUCAACGGCGCUGAACCUGUCAGAUGGACCACCCUGAGAGCUUUUGCACAAAAAUUUGGACCAGUCGGAUUUAAAUUGUCAAUGUUUAAGUGCUUAUACGGGUUAGCGGAACAUUGUGCCUAUACAAUCGGUUUUCGUAAUCUUUAUGACGUUCCGACUGUGAUUGACAUUGAUCCAGAUGAAAUUCGAGCUGGACACGCCAAAGUUCGUAAUAACUCGCAACGUCCGAAUAAUAUCGUUUCCACCGGUGUACCAAACCUCGCGAUGCAAGUUGAAGUACGCAUCGUGGAUCUGGACACGCGACAGUUGUGUUCCCCGAAUACGGUAGGAGAAGUUUGGAUGAGUAGUCCGAGUGUUGGUAGAGGAUAUUACGGAAAAGAGGAAAUCUCGGAGGAAACAUUUCGAGCAAAAUUGGAAAAUAAAGAUCAUGGGAAUUGGAUUAAGGACCAUGGAAGUUUUUUGAGAACCGGAGAUCUUGGAUUCAUGUAUAAUGGCGAGUUAUUUAUUACUGGUCGACAAAAAGAUGUAAUUAUCAUUAAUGGAAAGAACCACUAUCCUCAAGAUAUUGAACUUACAGUCCAAGAAUCACAUGAAUCAAUUAGAGCUGGAUGUGUCGCAGCAGUUCAUCAUUCCGAUCCAAAAACUGGAACAGACUCACUCAUAAUCAUUGCAGAAAUUCGUAAUUACAAAGAAGUAACACAAGAUUUACUCAAAGAAAUUAUAAAUGCAAUCAGUCGUAAAAUACCCGCAAAUCAUGGGCUCACAUGCGAGCAAAUCACCUUACUAAAACAACAAAGUAUUCCAAAAACCACAAGCGGCAAAAUCCAACGAUCACGGGCAAAGGAAAUGUUAAUGAGUGGGGCACUAGAUAAGAAAAUUGUCAUCAAAGUUGGUGAAAUCGCAAAAGAACCCCGAUCUCGCCCAGCCAGUGGAUAUUUCGCGAAAAAGCCACCGACAAUGCAAAUCCCAGAAAUUGAACAAAAAAUUUCCAAACAAGUUCAACGUGUAUCGAAAUUGGCGGCCAAAGAGUCAGUAAUUGAUGUGAAUUCGAAUCUACUUAUGACCUAUGGAUUUGACUCGAUUACUGCCGUUCAAUUGACCGCUUGUCUCAAAGAAGAAUUUGGAAUCGAAAUUGCGCCAGCUCUUCUUCUUGACCUUCCAUCAAUUUCAGAACUUGCGAAUCAUAUUUUUAAACAAAUCACACAAAUUCAAGAACCAGAAGAUACUGAGGUAUCCGGUCCUCCAAUUUCGGAAAUCCAAAAGACUAUCACGCAGCAAGUGCACAAAGUAUCAAAAUUGGCUUCGCAAAUCCCACUCGAACAAAUCAACAUCUCAGCUAAUCUCAUCACCGAAUAUGGCUUUGAUUCGUUGGCUGCUGUGCAGUUAACAGCUUCAUUGACACAAAUUUUUGGUAUUGAGAUUCCACCAACAUUGUUAUAUGAUGUGUACACAAUCGCUGAUUUGGCCGAACAUGUUCAAAAACAACUAAAACUGCGUCCAUCACACAAACAACAAAAAUCCCAUCAAUAUAGACAAGACGACGUUGAAAAUGAAAAACCCACCGCGCCGAUUCUUGUUCCUCUUGCGCCCGCAACCAUCAAUAACAAAAUGAAUCCAGCUUUAUUCUGUAUCCAUCCUUUAUUGGGUAAUGUCGCCACAUAUAUUUCUUUUGCUCGUAUUAUCGGUUCCACACGUCCCGUAUAUGGACUAAAUGCACCUGAAGAUAUGGAGUUUGACAUUGUCAAGUUGGCAAACCGAUAUAUUACUGAAAUACAAGAAUUUCAACCUUCCGGACCAUAUUUUCUAUGUGGAUAUUCAUAUGGCGGUCUUGUCGCAUGGGAAAUGGCAAAACAACUUGUUGCAUCAAAUGAACGUGUAGGUGGAUUAUAUUUGCUUGAUGCACCAUCCCCACUAUCAAAAAAUGUCCGACCAUCACUUGGUCCUGAUGAACAGCCGCACAAAGUAUGGGCAAAAGAAAUUGACGAGCUAUUGAAUGACGUGGAUAGUCAAUGGAUGUUACAACAAAAAGAGACCAAUCCGACAGGACUCGAAAACUUAAGAACACAUAUUGGCAAACAUAUUGCUGCAAUGUAUCAGUAUACUGAUGACAUCACAACUUUGGGCGCUAUCCAACCAUUUUAUGUUCACUAUUGGCGUGCAAAAAAUUACAAUGUAAAAACAAGCAAACUUUUACUCGAUCAUCCUUUAUUCAAAAGCAAAAGUUUCGGAUGGGAAAGAUAUCAAGGCAGAAUAACAGUACAUAAUUCCGUGACCGGAGAUCAUUAUUCAAUACUUAAAGAAGAAAAUUGUGGCCGUCUAGCACGCGAAGUGAAUCGUAACAUGCCAAAUGCAAAUAAACGAGCAAGUAUGGAACUAAAGCCACUAAUCCUAGAAAAUAUCACAAUGACAUCCUCAAAAUCCAAUUCACCAAGUUCCGCGCGAUCAAUGCACUCAAAUCCAAUUUCUGGUGCCACGUUAAUUGGUAGUCCACAACUGCUAACGAAUAACAGCGAAAUAUUUAAUAAGAAAAUGAAACAAAAAGGAAUAGCUGGCGCGUUGAAUAUCCAAGUUCCCAUGUACGUUAGCAUUGGAGUUUCGAUAGCUUUAUCUUAUUUUAUGACGCAACUUAUGAUGAGGAUUCAGUCGGUUGCAACAGCCUAA